ACACCUCUCAUGUGCCACUGAAAUGGAGAGAUGCAGGUUAUUUUGCCCUCUGUAGGGGAUUAUCUAGGGCUAAACUAGGGGACGGACAAAUAGCAAAGCCAACCUCACUCCAGUCAGUCUAGGGGCACAGAUAGCCAUCUGUCGAUUCUCUGUGCAAUAACUGACAACAAAGGGGGUCAAACAUUUAACGACGACUGUAAAACUAGAGGACUACUCAUUCUGGAGAGACGAGGAAGAGGAACUAAUAUUUAUACUAAAACAGCAGGUGUGGCAUGGCGGCAAAGCUGUGUCUUAAUCAAUUGGUGUAUGCGUAGAGAUCCUAUUAAACUAUAGUGUUGUAUGAGUGUCUAGUCCGUUGAUAAGUGUGAAUAUGUCUGACAAGGAAGAUGGGGCCUCAGGGGGGGGGCUGAAUGUUACCCUCACGUUUCGGCUUCUCAUGCAUGGGAAGGAAGUGGGCAGCAUAAUUGGAAAGAAAGGGGAAACCGUCAAAAAGAUGAGAGAGGAGAGUGGCGCUCGCAUCAACAUUUCAGAGGGAUCUUCUCCAGAGAGGAUUGUUACCAUCACAGGACCAACAGAGGGCAUCUUCAGAGCUUUCUCUAUGAUCGCUGAGAAGUUUGAGGAGGACAUUACAGCUGCAAUGACAAACAGCACUGUAACAAGCCAUCCUCCAGUGACACUCCGCCUUGUGUUCCCAGGCAGUCAAUGUGGCUCCUUGAUAGGCAAAGGAGGCUCCAAGAUCAAGGAGAUCCGAGAGACCACAGGUGCUCAGGUGCAGGUGGCAGGGGACAUGCUGCCGGAAUCCACUGAGAGAGCUGUCACUAUCUCAGGCACUCCUCAGGCCAUCACGCAGUGUGUCAGACACAUCUGCUCUGUCAUGCUGGAGUCACCCCCCAAAGGAGCAACAAUCCCAUAUCGCCCCAAGACCAUGCCUGGAGCUGGCCAUCCAGUAUUUCAACAACAACAACAACAUGCCUCACAAGCCUUCACAAUUCAAGGACAGUAUGCUUUUCCACAUCAAGAUUUGACCAAGCUUCACCAGUUGGCUAUGCAGCAUAUCCCCCUCCCUUCCCUUGGGCAGAGCAACCCUACCUUCCCUGGAAUGGGUGCCUCUGUCCCCACCAGUUCUCAGGAGCUGGCAAUACCCAAUGAACUUAUUGGCUCCAUAAUUGGCAGACACGGCAGCAAGGUCAAUGAGAUUCGCCAGGUGUCAGGAGCUCACAUUAAGAUAGCCAGUGCCACGGACGGAUCGCCCAUGCGCCAAGUCACGAUCAUAGGCUCUCCGACCAGCAUCAAUGUGGCACACUACCUCAUCAAUGCCAGCUUAGAGAUGGCUAAAUACACCAUGCAUGUUGCUUCCUCUGCAUCACCUGUUGACCUCAACAACAUGAGCUUCUCUCAGUCUGUUCCCACUGCCUCCACACCAACCUCUAUGGCUGUCAUGGCUGCCACUACCCAAGUCCCUGGCACCAUGAACAUGCACUCCCCCUCCACCUUACAGUCUAUCCCCACCCAGCACUACGCUGUCCCCGUUUCCAGUCUACUUGGCAUGAAAACGCUCCCUAUGCUGGCUAUGCACCCAGCAGCUGCCUCAGGCCUUCCACAAGGUCUAUCCCCUUACAGCACUAAAGUACCUACUGCUGGCAUGAAAAAAUCUGACCGCCAGAAAUUUGCCCCAUAUUGACUUAAUAGGAUAAGAAUUGAAUCCCCCAUCCAAAAAUGUGUUUGGGGUCAGUACUGCAUUACACUUGUUCCCUGUUGCAAAGCUUGAUUAAGUUAUAUUGACUAUGAUUAAGGAUAUCUCUACUGAUAAUGAAACCUGACAUUCAGCUACUUUAGUGUAUCAGUAUAAUUGUUUGCAACUGUAAGUGAAGCUAAAUACCUCCUAGUGUAUCUGAACAUACAUAAGAAUACACAGCCAUUUAUCAGGCUUACAGUAUGUGAUGCACAGAAACAGCUGAUACUUCCAAUAUAACAAUUUUCUCAGAUAGAAUGUACUGUACUUUGUUUAGUAUCAAUGUAAGUAGUUGACCAAUGAUGUUCUUAGGAAAAGUCCAGUUUCAAACAGGAAUUGACGCUGUAGCAGCUGCAUACCGUUGGUAGGGUUACUUGUUUUAUGAAGUAGUUAUAACUGUGAUGUUUACUGUAACAAGGGUUGUUCCACUCUUAUUCCGCUGUCAUAUUUCCUCAUCUCCUCCAAUAGGCUCUCAUCAGUGGUAACAGGCUUGGGUGUUCUGUAGUGUUGUUGUUGCAUAUGCAGUGCUGAAAGGAUUACCAGGAAGCCAUAUUGGAUUCUUGUGGCUUUGACAAUACACAAGAAUCCUGUAGAGUGGGACUGUCCUAACUAACUCCUAUAGUGCUGUUUUUGUGACUUGGUUUUCUCAGAACUGAAGUCCAAGUGAACAGAACUCUACAGUCCAAUUCAUAUUCUACUCUGCUCUCAGUGUAUGUGAUUGAUGCAGCACAAUAUUGUAACAACGUUAUGUUUAUGCUUGUGUUUUUAAUUAGGGUCUACCCUUAGUUUUGUUGAUGAGCUAUUCCAAUUUAUUAUAUUUAUGACAGCGUACAUAAUGUAUUUUAAAUAAAUUGAGCCUUUUGUGAAUACAAAUGGGUAUUUUUUUUUUUUUUUUUAUUGUGCAGCAAAAUUAAACAAUUCACACACUUGAGGUUAGGUUACCCUGAAUUUGAAUAAUUCACACACUUGAGGUUAGGUUACCCUGGAUUUAAAUAAUUCACACACUUGAGGUUAGAUUACCCUGGAUUUAAAUAAUUCACACACUUGAGGUUAGGUUACCCUGGAUUUAAAUAAUUCACACACUUGAGGUUAGGUUACCCACCCUGAAUUUAAAUAAUUCACACACUUGAGGUUAGGUUACCCUGAAUUUGAAUAAUUCUUGUUUUGAUACAGUGGGUAUCAUAAGUAUUCACCCCCUUUGGAUUUCUUUCACAUUUUGUUGUGUUACAAAGUGGGAUUGAAAUGGAUUUUAUUGUGACUUUUUUGUAAUUGAUCUAAACAACAGAAUACUCCAUAAAGGUGAAAAGACAAUUAUACAAACGUUUACAAGUUAAUAAAAAUGUAAUAACUACAAUAGUUUAGUUGCAUAAGUAUUCACCCUUUUGUUUAGGCAAGCCUAAAUUAGUUUAGGAGUAAACAUGUGACUUAACAAAUCACAUAGUAAGUUACACAUAGACUCUGUGUGAAACUGUGUGAAAUGAUAGCUGUUGACUUGAAUGACUAACCCUUCCUCUGUCCCCAAUACAUACAACAUCUGUAAGAUCCCUCAGUCAAAUUUUGAAUUUCAAGCACAGAUUCAACUACAAAGACCAGGGAGCUUUUCGAAAGCCUAUUAAAGGGUUAAAAGUCAACAACAACAAAAAAAAGAAGGGAAGUGAUUGGUAGAUGGGUAACAAUAACAAAUCAGACAUUGACUAUCUCUUUAAGAAAGGUCCUAUUAAUAAUUAUGCUGUGGAUGAUGUAUUAAACCACCCAGACACAACACAGAUACAGUUAUCCUUCUGAACUGAGAUGCAGGACAGGGAGGAAACUGCUGAGGGAUGACACAAUGAGGCCAAUGGUGAUUUUAAAACAGCUACAGAGUUCAAUGGCUGUGAUGGGAGAAAACUGAGGAUGGAUCAACAACAUUUACAUUUACAUUUAAGUCAUUUAGCAGACGCUCUUAUCCAGAGCGACUUACAAAUUGUAGUUAUGCUACAAUAAUGACCUGAAUGAGUGAAAAGAAGAAUAGAAAUAUACUAAAGUUAUACUGCAAGGAAACACACCCUUUUUGGCCUAAAAGCAAAGCCUCAUGUUUGGGGCAAAUCCAACACAACACAUCACUGACUAACUGCCUCCUUAUUUUCAAGCAAGGUGGUGGCUGCAUCAUGUUAUGGGCCUUAAUGGCCAUGUACUCUUACAAUCUCCACCCGGCACAGCCAGAAAAGGACUGGCAACCCCUCAUAGCCUGGUUCCUCUUUUCUUUCUGGGUUCCUGCCUUUCUAGGGAGUUUUUCCUAGCCCCCGUGCCUCUACAUCUGCAUUGCUUGCUGUUUUUAGGCUGGGUUUCUGUUUUUAGGCUGGGUUUCUGGUUUUAGGCUGGGUUUCUGGUUUUAGGCUGGGUUUCUGUUUUUAGGUUGGGUUUCUGGUUUUAGGCUGGGUUUCUGGUUUUAGGCUGGGUUUCUGGUUUUAGGCUGGGUUUCUGUUUUUAGGCUGGGUUUCUGUUUUUAGGCUGGGUUUCUGGUUUUAGGCUGGGUUUCUGGUUUUAGGCUGGGUUUCUGUUUUUAGGCUGGGUUUCUGUUUUUAGGCUGGGUUUCUGGUUUUAGGCUGGGUUUCUGUUUUUAGGCUGGGUUUCUGGUUUUAGGCUGGGUUUCUGUUUUUAGGCUGGGUUUCUGGUUUUAGGCUGGGUUUCUGGUUUUAGGCUGGGUUUCUUAAUAAGAACUCUGUGACAUCUGCUGAUGUAAAACAGGCUUUAUAAAUACAUUUGAUCGGAAAUGGAUUGAUAUGGGUGUGCUUGACAUUGGCAAAGAUUAACCCAAGAAGA